CCCAUACUUAGAACUGAAACUCAAAAAAUCUUUUUUCAUCAAACUCAUACGUGUGGGGUAUCUAUGGAUAGGUCUUUAAAAAUGAUAUUGAGGUUUCUAAUAUCAUUUUUUUCUAAACUGAAAAGUUUGCGCGAGAGACACUUCCAAAGUGGUAAAAAGUGUCUCCCCCCCCCCGUAACUUCUAAAAUAACAGAAUGAAAAAUCUAAAAAAAAUAUAUGAUAUACAUUGCCAUGCAAACUUCCACCGAAAAUUGGUUCGAACGAGAUCUAGUAAGUAGUUUUAUUUUAAUACGUCAUAAAAAUUAAAAAAAAAAAAUUUUUUUCAUCAAACCCAUACGUGUGGGGUAUCUAUGGAUAGGUCUUCAAAAAUGAUAUUUAGGUUUCUAAUAUCAUUUUUUUCUAAACUGAAUAGUUUGCGCGAGAGGCACUUCCAAAGUGAAAAAAUGUGUGUCCCCCCCCUGUAACUUCUAAAAUAACAGAAUGAAAAAUCUAAAAAAAAUAUAUGAUAUACAUUGCCAUGCAAACUUCCACCGAAAAUUGGUUCGAACGAGAUCUAGUAAGUAGUUUUUUUUUAAUACGUCAUAAAAAUUAAAAAAAAAAAAAAAAUUUCAUCAAACCCAUACGUGUGGGGUAUCUAUGGAUAGGUCUUCAAAAAUGAUAUUUAGGUUUCUAAUAUCAUUUUUUUCUAAACUGAAUAGUUUGCGCGAGAGACACUUCCAAAGUGAAAAAAUGUGUGUCCCCCCCCCCUGUAACUUCUAAAAUAACAGAAUGAAAAAUCUAAAAAAAAUAUAUGAUAUACAUUACCAUGCAAACUUCCACCGAAAAUUGGUUUGAACGAGAUCUAGUGAAUAGUUUUUUUUUAAUACGUCAAUAAAUUAAAAAAAAAAUUUUUUCAUCAAACCCAUACGUGUGGGGUAUCUAUGGAUAGGUCUUCAAAAAUGAUAUUUAGGUUUCUAACAUCAUUUUUUUCUAAACUGAAUAGUUUGCGCGAGAGACAGUCCCAAAGUGGUAAAAUGUGUGUCCAAAGUGGUAAAAUGUUGAACAAGAUCUAGCAAGUAGAUUUUUUUUUAAUACGUCUUAAAUGGUACGGAACCCUUCAUGCGCGAGUCCGACUCGCACUUGGCCGCUUUUUUUAUUUAAUACUUGUCUCCAUUUUCGUAUAUCAGAGAGAAAACCGCUUGUUUUAACGUAUAACAUAAAAUGAUCUUAAACUUGAUUCGCCUAGGUACUUAUUGCUAAAAUUAUUCAAUUUGUGUCUAAAAAUAGCACUAACACCAACGUCUCAAACUAAACAUUAUCUGGAAUGCUAUUACAAUUUAAUAUUGUUAUCGUUUAUAAUGUUUAAUUUUCGUUCCGAUUUAGUUGAAACAUGCAAAUUAAUAUUGACCAUAGGUAGAGUAGACUAUGAAAUACUUAAAAAACCAAAUUAGAAUGAUUAUUAUUUUUAAAUUAUUUAACCUUACUUUAAUGUAAUCUGUGCCAACUCAAAGCCGACAACUGGCAGGAAGUGGCACAGGAUCGGGACAGGUGGCAUUCUCUCGUUUUGGAGGCCAAGAUCCUCUUUGGAUCACUGCGCCACAAUAGUUAGUUUAGUUAGUUAGUUAAUGUAGAAUAUAUGAUUAUGUUACUUAUGACACGUGAUUAUGUUACAUGAUUGAAUAUUAUGAUUGUGGUAUUCGACACCAUUACUUUUAUCCUUAUGGUAUGACGUGUACAGGAAAUUUCAAUUUUAUUCACAAUUAUGAUACAACAGCACAGAACAUAAACAGAAAUCAAACAGAACGUGCUGUGUAAAUAAUGGUGCAAUUGUUUUAAUACUAGGUUACAUAUGUACAUAUCUGAAGGUCCUUCUAGACCUAAAACGAACGCAGAUGAAGAUUCUAAUUGUAUGUACUGUGACCGCCCUGGUUGUUUGCAGCAAUGAAGCAUUAAAUAAUCAUGAAAACGAGUUGGAGGUAUUAAUACCCUACGAUCAUUUAAAAAAGGUCUUACUAUGCCUAGACUCAGACGAUCAACUGACCAAACUGACUAAGAAUUCUGUAAAAGAUAUCGAUUUACGUUGGAAACUAAUCGACGAGCACCCUAAACUCAAUAUUGAGUACAACACGGUUCACACCUGCAAAGUUAAGAUAGAUGUCGAAAUAGAACCUAAAGGAAUUCUUGCUGUAGUCGCUCCAAAGCCACUAGAAUCGUCCUCUCAGAUACCUAUGUAUUUUUUUGACACACCAUUUCUGAGCGAGGAGGAUGUUGAUGAAUUCCCCAACGGGCUGUUUCCACUUCGUAGUCAUUGGCAAUCUUUGAAACAUGCAUUCAGUCAUUAUUUGACGACUCAUGGGUAUCAGAGGAUGGUGGUUGUCUCUGAUGAUUCUUAUUAUAGUGCAGCGUUUGAAGCAGAACUCAUAGAGCAUUUUAAAGAGAAAGAGUUCGUGUUUGAUGUGCAGCGAAAACCUAAUAGAGGAAGCUUCGAUCGAGUGAGUACAGCACUAAAUGUAGUUGAUUUUUAUAUAACAGUAAAUUAAAAGGAAAACUUUAAUUAAUAAGUUAUUUCGAGUAGUUUCUAACGCCCUAUUUUGUUGUCAACUAUUGCCUAUUGGGGAAAACAUUUCCUUUGUAACAGUAUGAGUCAUGAUGGGGAGGUCAUGGGUGAUAUUUUGAGUUUAAUAUAAUUACAUGCUCAUAUGAUAACUACUAUUUAAAAUGGAGUAUUUACCCUCUUUAGAGUUCCUGAUAUUUCGGCACUAAGUAUUGCAAAUGUAAUCUUCACUCAAGUUAGCCUGUGUACACUAGAUGUGUGUGCGUAGACGUGCACAAUGUGCACAUAUAAUUUCCAGAUCCUUACAGAGACAAAAAACAAGACACUCGUAUUCUCGUUCCCUUUAGAUACUUGUGAAGUAGAGAAAUGUAUGGCCCAUUAACAGCACU